CCCAUAGCGUUUUCCCUCAAAACCCUCUCAAAUUUUACUCAUCCUAACCCUCGUCACCUGAAUACGUCCCUUCUCCCAAUAUGGCAUCCUCAGAGCAGGCCCCAGGCGCUGGUGUUCUCCUCGCUUUUCUGAAACCCACGUCAACCGGAAGCAACGAUGCACAACAGAAUGACAAGCUCGCUCUCCUACCCACGACCAUAACAGGCAAUGUUCUCGGCAUCAAAACGGCAACGCAAUACAAAGCCGCAAAUGCAGAAUACGACAAACAGCAUCUCUUCGUCUGCGAAACAGAAGAGCUGGCACGAGUGAAUGCAAAGCAAAUGUUGAAGGUUCUAGAAGCAGAGAAUGUAGGCGGAGAUUGGGAUGUUAGGGCGUACUCUGAAGUCCAGGUUUUUGGUCCGAAGAAGAGUGGUGAAGCUGCUGGCACCAUCAUGAUAGCACUCAUGCAACCCUCGCCCACCGGUGCCGAGGAUCUGGAUGCUUGGUACCGCGAAGAGCAUAACCAGCAAACGUCUGAGCAACCAGGUUGGCUACGCACAUGUCGUUAUUCACUUGUCUCGCAACAUUCUGGUUCUUCCGAUGAGGGCGGGAAGAACCAAGAGCUGUCAUUCCUAGCUAUUCAUCAAUUCGGGGAGGGCGAGCAGCUGGGAGACACGGUCAAGGCUUUUGAGCCGAUUAGCGAGUGGACUAUGAAGGUUAUGAAAGAUGCGGUGGGGAUUGACGCUGCGAUUUAUCGGAGGAGGUGAAUGCGUGGGAGG